CUUUCUCUUCGUGUUUCAUUCCUUAAUCUCUUCAGUCUGUCUUGUUCCCUCGUCUGUUCCCUGGCAUUUGGGUCAUCCUCACUUCACAUGAUCUGUGCACGCAGAUCCUGACACAAGUCCACACAUCUGAAGACAACAUUCAACAACAGACUUUGCCUCUUCAACCUGACUUUUUGACAGCUAAAGAUGUGUACUCUGGUGCAAAAUCAAAAAUUGCUAAAGGAAUACCUGGAUGAACUACAUGAGUCUAAGCUAACUGAAUUUCAGUGGUACUUGGCUCAGAAUAAGAGAGAAGGAUCCCGACCUAUCUCGAGGUCCCAGCUGGAGAAAGCUACCAGAGAGGAGACUGUUGACAAGCUGGUGCAAGUUUACAGCGAAGAUGGUGCUGUAGAGGUUACAGUCGACAUUUUAUUUAGGAUGAAUUUAAAUGACCUCGCAAUAAGGUUAACCAAAGAAAUAUUACGUGAGACUGUGGAAGUGCAGCCAUAUUCUGGUCCUAUAUUCCAUAAGUCAGAAACAGUCAUGCCUGAAGAGUUAGAAGAAAAGUCACUCUCCAUCCUAAUGAAAGAAAACAAGUCAGGUGAUAAAGAAUUGGAAAUCAUCACAAACAGUGGACAAGAAUCAUCUGUCUCUGAGGAUAUGUCUUGUCCAAUUUGCUUAUGUAUUUUCACUGAACCUGUGACGCUGCAGUGUGGCCACAGCUUCUGUAAGGACUGUGUGCAAGACCACUGGAGAUUGAAAAAAGGUAAAAAAUGCGCAAUCUGUUGUCAAGUCAUCUACAACCCUGAACCUCCGUCUAAUUUUGUUCUGAAGAGUUUGAGUGAAAGAUACAAAAGGCUCACUGAUUCAUCAGAAGGACACAGAAAUGUCCCAUCAGAGCCACACCAGACUUUUUCCAAGAAUGUCAUGGGAAAGCAGGUAGCUUUUGAAAGAGUCAAGCAAGUGUGCAACUCAUCAACUGAACAUAUUAAGACUCAGAGGAAUGACGCAGAGAAGAAGAUUCGGGAGGACUAUCAGAAGCUUAGACUCUUCCUGGGGAGAGAGGAAGAAGCCAGAAUAGCAGCAUUAAAAGAAGAGGAGACUCAAAAGAUUAAUACAAAGCAGAGGUUGACAGAUCUCCACAGAGACAUCCUUUCACUCUCUGACAGUGUGAAAGACAUAGAAAAGCUUUUAGAACCUAAUUGCUCAUUCAUGCAGAGCUCAGAAUGCACUGCCAGACCCCCAGCAACUUCCACAAGCACAGAUAAAUGUUUCAGAACACAUGGAAAACCUUUAGAGAAGAAUCUUGGAAAAAAUGAUGAUCGACAUAAUAUUCAGUCCUACUUUCCUUUUUUUUGGAGAGGAGAGGAGAAGCCCGCUGUUGCUGUGUGA